AGAUUUGGUACUCAAUAUAGUGAAGAUGUACGAUUCCUUACCAAUGUUAUCACUAACGUCCGGGACCAAGGACAAUGGUACCAGUUACCAACGAGUGCAGAAGAAUAUCGGCCAUAUUAUGGUUAUAAAAAAAACAUCAAAAAUUUUGGAACCUUCGAUUUCAUCAUUGUUGGAGCUGGACCUGGAGGAAGCGUCGUAGCCAAUAGACUUUCAGAAGUCCCGGAAUGGAACAUACUCUUGAUAGAAGCUGGCGAUUAUGGAGACAACGUUACCGAUAUUCCCAAUAUGUAUUACGAAGUCGAAUUCACUCAGUACAAUUGGGGCUUCAAUAGUGUUCCUCAAACAACAGCAUGUCUAGGUAUGGUGAACCAAACAUGUCCCAUGGCAAGAGGUAGAGGAGUAGGAGGUACUUCCCUCAUCAACGGUCUAUUGUACGCCAGAGGUUCCAGCAUAGACUUCGACAGGUGGGCAGACCAAGUCGAAGACUCAAGAUGGUCAUACUCUAACGUCUUACCAAUUCUAAAACAGCUAGAACGCUUCGUUUAUACAGACCCGCAAGCUCCAGUUGACGAAUCCAUCCAUGGUACAAGAGGAAUGCAGAAUGUCGAGUACCAUUUGCCUAGGAGUCCUCAGCUGAAUGCCUGGCUCGAUGCACAUGAAGAAUUAGGUUUUCCCAUAGCUGACUAUAACUCUGGCACUGGCCUUGGAGCUUCUCCAGCGCAAGUCAAUACUAUGAAUGGGAGGAGAGCAGACGCUGGUUCUUCAUUCAUCCUUCCCAUCUUGAACAGACCUAAUUUGAAAGUCCUCACCUACAGCUAUGCAACCAAGAUCAUCAUGGAUAAGGAGAAGAGAGCCAGAGGAAUUAGGUUCACGCACAAUAAUAGAUGGUACGAAGCCAAAGCUUCCAAAGAAGUCAUCAUCAGUGCUGGAGCUUUCCAAACACCUCAGCUACUUAUGCUUUCUGGUAUUGGACCCAGAGACCAUCUGGAGUCGUUGGAUAUAGAAGUUGUGCAAGAUUUGGGGGUUGGUAGUACUCUCAUGGAUCAUGCUUGCUACUAUGGGUUGAAUUUCGGGACGAAUUAUACGGAACCGAUAUUGCCAUUGGAAGAGUAUGUGCAGCAAUUUGUGGCAGGUCGUGGGCCUUUGGCAGCACCAGGAAAUAAUCAGGGAGUGGCGUUUUAUGAAUCGCAGUUCACCAGAGGUACUGGAUAUCCAGACAUCGAAAUAAUGUUCAUUCCAUCCAAUGCCACCACCGAUCUGUCACAGAGAGCAUUCUUGCUAACCGACCAAACCUACGCGGACGUAUGGGAAUUCAUCAGCAGACCUCAGUCGUUCAUUUUGUACAUCAUCUCCCUACAUUCAGAAUCAAGUGGCACAGUGAGACUCAAUAGCAGUGACCCUUUCGCGUAUCCACUCAUCGAUAACAGAUUUCUUUCUGAUCCUGCCGGCAGAGACAUCGAGAGGAUUUACGAGGGAGUGCAGAUCAUGUUGAAAUUGGCUGGGACUGAAGCUAUGCAAAAAAUUGGAACAACCCUACAAGGAGGCCCAUUGACAGCUUGUAGCCAGUACGAGUCCAUGUCGAGAGAAUACUGGUAUUGCUCGAUCCGACAAAUGACCAUGAACAUCUACCAUCCGGUGUCUACUUGCCCCAUGGGUCCUUAUCCCGAUAAAGGUCAUGUGGUGGACUCGGAGGGUCGGGUGCAUGGAACGAAGAGGUUGAGAGUCGCUGAUGCGAGCGUCAUCCCGUUUCCUCAGUCUGGACAUCCGGUGGCGCCUAUAGAGCUAAUUGGAGAUAUGAUUUCUCAAUUUAUCAAAGAAGAGUAUCUGUACAGUAGAUGA